AUGGAGACUCCCAUAGAGCGCGAAAUCCGCCGCAGCUGCGAACGCGAGGAGAGCCUGCGCCGGAGCCGGGGCCUGAGCUCGGGCCGCGCGGGCCGCGAACUCGUCGAGCUGCGCGUGAGGCCAGUGCUCAACCUGCCGGGUCCUGGCCCCACGCUCCCGCGCGCCCUGGAGCGCGCGCGGGCGGGCGCGCAGAUGCAGCGGGACAUCGAGCGGGAGGCCCACCGGCAGGCGGCGCUGGCGCGCCCCGCGGCCGCGGAGUCGCGCGCCCAGUCGCCGCCUCAGCCGCUGGGCGAACUCAAGCGCUUCUUCGAGGCCGCCGCGGGGAGUGGCUCCUCGGCGGGGGCGGGGGGCGGCGCGGGCCCGCAGGGGCUGCCAGAGCCCGGGGGCCCGGCGCGCUCGGCCGUACAGGGCCCGUGCCCGGUGCUGGCCCGCGCCCCGCCGCCUUUCGCUCCGUCACUGCUGGAGCAGGAGGUGCGCGCGGUGCGCGAGCGCGAACAGGAGCUGCAGCGCCAGCGGCGCAGUGUCUACGGCACCGCGGAGUUCAAGGAGCCUACGCCGAGUCUCACCGCUGGUGAGAUGAGCGCCCCUUCCCCCCUAGCGAGCAGGGGCGACGGAAAGUUGGCGGUGAUCUGGCCCCCCCGCAGAAAGGUCUCGGAGAACGGCCUGGAGCAGGAGGAGCGCAAACCUUGAGGUUUGAGCAGGCUGGGUCCCCUGGCCGGAGGUAACGUACGCGUCAGAGGACCAGGGUGGGGAGCGUCUCGCAGAAGGCCUGGAGAAGGGUCAGCCCUCUGCAUUGGGAAAGAUGAAAUCGACCAGCCCAUCGUUGAACUUGACUUUGUGAAAUUGACCAUCCCCGUCUAUAAAACUUAGAGUCCCCCAUUGGGAAACUGACCACCACCCACAACUCUGCCAGUGAAACUGUCCAGCCCUUCUCCGCCUAAUUGUAAACUGAACUACCCACUCCCUUGACUAUAAGAGGGCCGGGGUUACGGCCGCGGCUGCCCCACUCCCUGCACCGCCAAUAAAGCCUCUUCUUUCAGGGCA